UCGCCUGUUUCAUCCGUGUUGCGGUCAAACAGCUGUUUGAAGACAUAAGCAACAGAUAAUACAAAGGUUGUACGGCGGAUGGUGGAUAUAUAUAGUGAGGUCGAGAAAAAUGGCAGUUCGACGUGGCAAACUUUCCGUAGUUCUCCUCAUUUUGCAGGCAAUAUUUGUCGUCAUAUUUGCAAUCUGGGCAGAUUAUGAUACCACUGCUCAUAUCAUCAAGUUUAACAAUGUCAGCAAAGCUCUUAAUGGAAAAACCGGCGUCUUGGAGACAUACCCAUUGUUCCAAGAUGUACAUGUUAUGAUAUUUAUUGGAUUUGGGUUUUUGAUGACCUUCCUUAAACGUUACGGCUUCACCAGUGUUGGUCUCAAUCUGCUCGUGGCUGCCUUUGUCCUUCAGUGGGGAACGAUUUUCCAUGGACUUCUUCACUUGCCUAAAUCACAUGAUGGCAAGUUUCAUCUCAACGUUGGCGGGAUGCUCACAGCCGAUUUUGCCGCCGCUACUGUCCUCAUCUCAUUCGGAGCUGUGCUCGGUAAAACAAGUCCUCUUCAGAUCAUCAUCAUGUCAGUUAUCGAAGUUGCCUUAUUUGUCGUCAACGAAAAGAUUGGUCUGGAAAUUUUCCGCGUUGUUGACGUCGGUGAGUCAAUGUUUAUUCAUGCCUUUGGAGCUUACUUUGGAUUGGCUGUGGCUCGAGUUCUCUACACAGACGAUAUUGAUAGGUCGAAAAAGGAAGGCAGUGUCUACCAUUCUGAUCUGUUUUCUAUGAUCGGAACUAUAUUUUUGUGGAUGUAUUGGCCUAGUUUUAAUGGCGGAGCAGCUUCCGGAGACUAUCGCCACCGGGCUAUUCUCAACACGUAUUUCUCACUCGCUGCCUGCACCGUUGUGACCUUUGCUAUUUCCUCAUUGGUCGACAAGAAGGGCAAGCUGGACAUGGUGCAUAUUCAGAACGCGACUUUAGCGGGAGGCGUGGCUGUAGGUACCUCGGCGGAUCUGAUGAUACAACCCUGGGGGGCCAUUCUCAUCGGUUGUGUGGCAGGCUGUCUGUCGACCGUCGGGUACAAGUAUAUCACACCAUUCCUCAGCUCCAAACUUAAGAUUCAUGACACCUGCGGUGUGAAUAAUCUUCAUGGAAUGCCGGGCAUUUUGGCGGGUCUGGCAGGGGCUGUGGCGGCAGCUUUGGCAAUGGAAGAUAACUAUGGGGUACCGGGAUUGUACAACACAUUUGCCGCACGAAUCCCCUCGGAUAACGUGACAGCCGGUGACUUGGGAUUUGAGCCUGGUCUCGGACGGUCGGCCAUUACUCAAGGAGGCUUUCAGAUCGUCGCGCUCGUUGUGACCAUUGGCAUUGCAAUCGGAGGAGGGCUUAUUACUGGCUUCAUUUUGAGGUUGCCGUUCUUUGACAAUCCUAAAGGAGACGGGUUGUUCGAUGACAGUGAUUACUGGGAAAUUCCCGACGAUGGAUUCCCAGGAGUAGACAUCGACACGCCCAAGGGCAAAGUGUACAUACCUGAUCACAACGCCGAUACAAGAAUAAACUUAGUCUGAGCCUUUGCCUGUAGUAACCACGCAUGCCCGGCAUACUGUCCACCGGAAAUACAUCUGCUAUAUGUCAAGUUCCUUCUUCAUGCAUUUCUAUAUACGUAGAUCUUUGCUCAAAUUUCAUUACCAUAUUCUCAUUUCUGUAUAAUAAAUAACAGAUAUCAUUCUUCAACUAUCUUCAUCCAAAAGAACAGCAUUGUGAUCGUGGAAGCGCUUAAGUAUUGUAUUCCUAUGCCUAUCGUCGCCUUUGAGAAUUGGAGAUAUACUGCAUUUAAUAUGAACUUAUAAAACCUGAAAUAGAAUUAUAAAAACAGCAUUAUAAGAUCAUACAUAUGCUUGCUAAGAUUGUAUUUAACACGUGGUCUACAAUUGUAGGCAUGCAUUCUUGCAGCAAUACGCAACCAUACAUGCAACAUGAAAACAUCUGUUACAUUUUAAAAAUUUUCUUUAGCUUACGAUUACGGUAGCUUGCGCGUUAUUAUACACAGGGUACGAGUGACAAAUAUACUCUCAGUGCAUGACAGUGAUUGGACAGGUAAUCCGUCGUCAUUUGACGAUAAAAUUGCUAAUUAAGUUUGUUAAAGGGAAACGAUAUUCAUGGAUUUCGAGGCCGAGAGUUCGAACCCACUUCUUCCCAGUGUUUGCUCCCAAUACUUAAAGAUCCCCUUACGGUGGAUGGUAUCGAUGUUAUGAUUACCCUAUUCACAACCAUUAUAGAUCACUGGUUAUGUACAACAGCUAACCACAAUGCAUGAUAUUCAAUAAAUUGAUAUAAAAUUUGCUAUUUAAAAAAGAUGGCUAUGUUCUGAGUUCUGAGUAUGCAAAUACUUAGCAAAGCUAUAGGACAGGAAAAAGUGUAGAUUAUUUUAUUCUAUAGUGCUACAGAUGUUUCAUAAGGACGUCGUAUAUAUUUUGUAAUUCUUUGCAAUUACUGGUAACAGUUACAUUCUUUAUUUUUACUAACUAUUUUUUUUUUCUUAAUAGGUCAAGGACUUGUAGUUUAGAAAAAGUCGUUAUCAUUAUACAUAGAAUUAGAGAACUGUCAUUAAACUUAUAUAUAUAUGCA